AUGCCUGCUACAGUGUUUGCUACAAAGGAGCUAUACAAAUACCAGAAUGGAUUCGACAACCACUUAGAAUCCGAAGCCGUCCAAGGCGCCCUCCCCAUCGCCCAAAACUCCCCCCAAAAGCCCCCCUACGGCCUCUACGCAGAGAAGCUCUCCGGAACCGCCUUCACCGCGCCCCGCCACGAGAACAAGCAGGCCUGGCUGUAUCGCAUCCUGCCCUCGUGCGCGCAUCCGCCCUACCAGCCCUCCGCCGAGCCAACCCGCGCCGAGCAAAAGGACGCCGACAUCUCCAAGCUGCGCUACAUCCCCAACCAGCUGCGAUGGGACCCCUUUGACCACAAUGAGGCGCGUGACCUCGACUUUGUCUCGGGCAUGCGGCUCGUGGCCGGCGCGGGCGAUGCCACGCUCAAGCAAGGGCUGGGGAUGCUCGUCUAUGCCGCCGGGAAGAGCAUGGACGCCAACUCGGCCUUUUACUCCGCUGAUGGUGACCUCCUGAUUGUUCCACAGGAGGGCGACCUCAACAUCCGCACCGAGUUUGGCUGGCUGCUGGUGCGGCCCAUGGAGAUCGCCGUCAUCCCCCGCGGCGUCAAGUACCAGGUGAACAUCUCCGGCCCGGCCAGAGGCUACGCCCUGGAGCUGUACCAAGGCCACUUCGUCCUCCCCGAGCUGGGCCCCAUCGGCUCCAACGGCCUGGCCAACGCACGCGACUUCCAGGCACCAGUCGCUCACUUCAGCGAGGACUUUGGCGCGACCGCCCACGAGGGCAGCAACUCCUUCACCAUCACCGUCAAGAUGAACAACUCGCUCUUCGAGACGCGCCAGGCGCACACGCCCUUUGACGUCGUCGCCUGGCACGGCAACUACUACCCCUACAAGUACGACCUGGGCCGCUUCAACACCAUCGGCACAAUCUCCUACGACCACCCGGACCCGUCCAUCUUCACGGUGCUCUCGGCGCCGUCGCCCAUCGCCGGCACCGCCGUGGCCGACUUUGUCAUCUUCCCGCCGCGCUGGCUCGUCGGCGAGGACACCUUCCGCCCGCCCUGGUACCACCGCAACACCAUGAGCGAGUUCAUGGGCCUCAUCUGCGGCGGCUACGACGCCAAGCGCGGCGGGGCGGGCGGCUUCGUGCCCGGCGGCGCGAGUCUGCACAACGUCAUGAGCGGCCACGGCCCGGACGCCGAGAGCUACGAGGGCGCACGCGAUGCCCAGCUGGCGCCGGUCAAGGUUGGCGGUGGCAGCUGUGCCUUUAUGUUUGAGAGCAGCCUCAUGGUUGGCGUAACUGACUGGGGACUGCGGACGUGCAAGAAGGUCCAGGAGGGAUAUAGCGAGGAGAGCUGGGGCGGCGUCAAGGCGCACUGGACGAAGCCGGCUGACAAGGAGGUGAGAAGCCACCUCGCCGAGUAA